AUGGGGGUUGAUUGUGAACUGUCUGUCACAGCCCAAAAACCUGCCUUUGAACCCUUAACCCUGCCUGUCAUGAGCCCAGAGAUUAUUAAUGCACACCAUGUCUUUCCCGUCAACCCUGUCACUGCCAUAGAGACCAUCCAAGAACUACCAGCCAGUCCAGUUUCCCUCUAUGUCUCUGUCAAGGAAUCUAAAUCUGAGCUGUCUGUCUGUCUAAAUGCUUCUGUUGAGUCUGUUGUUAAACCUUCCGUCUGUUCAGUUUCAGUCAAUGAGCCUGCUAAUGGACUUUUUGUGUUCCCUGCCUUGGCCCUUGAGGCCAUAAAUGCUCUGUCUGACCUGAUUGCACUGAAAGAGGAGGGUCAAGAACUGGAUGAAACUGAAGAGAAAGAUCAGUAUGAGAAACAUCAUGAUUUUGUAACUGAAAAGUAUAAUCGCUCGCAGACUAAAAAAAAAGCGUCCUCACAAAAAAGAGCUCAAAAGACAGGAUCUAGAAGUCGUUUCACCUGCAAACAAUGUGGAAAAAGUUUCAGUCGACAUGGACACCUUAAAAUCCACAUGAGAAUUCACACUGGAGAGAAGCCCUUCACCUGCCAACAGUGUGGAAAGAGUUUUGACCAAAAAAGAGCCUUUACAGUCCACAUGAGAAUUCACACUAGUGAUAGCGCAUUCACCUGCCAACAGUGUGGAAAAUGUUACAGCAGAAAAGAAAACCUUAGGUACCACAUGAGAGUUCACACGGGAGAGAAGCCUUUCAUCUGCAAACACUGUGGAAAAAGUUUCACUCGAAGAGGAAGCCUUGAAAGCCACGCGAGAAUUCAUACUGGAGUGAAGCCUUACACAUGCUCUCAGUGUGGAAGGAGUUUUACACAUCGACCAACUCUUAAUGCCCACAUGAGAAUGCACACUGGAGAGAAGCCUUACACGUGUUCUCAGUGUGGAAGGAGUUUCGAUCAACUGGGAAACCUUAAUGUCCACAUGAGAAUUCACACUGGAGAGAACCCUUUUUCCUGCCAGCAGUGUGAAAAAAGUUUCAGUCGAAAAGGAAACCUUGAAGUCCACAUGAGGAUUCACACUGGAGAGAGCCCAUACACCUGCCAACAGUGUGGAAUAUGUUUCACUCAAAAAGGAAACCUUAACAUUCACAUGAGACUACACACUGGAGAAAAGCCAUUCACGUGCCAACAUUGUAAAAAGACUUUCACAUAUCAAAGAGACCUGAAACGGCAUUUGCAAAUCCAUUCUGGGAAGAAAUUGCAGUGUCGCCCGGUGUGGCAAGAGGUUUACAAAAUAGAGCAAUUUUAAAUAUCAUAUGCGCAUUGACUGCGCCUUUCAACCCUCACA